AUGAAUUUCAGGAACUCGACGGAGAAGCUCGAGGAGAUCGGCGACCCGCAGCGCACAAUGUCGUAUCAUCGUGGCGGGCAAGCGGGCGCCGUAGCGGUCUCGUACAGCACCAGUCCAAUGGCACCGCACUCGCCUAGCCGGAGGUACUCCAGCGGCACCGGCAGCGGUAGCACCACCACCUCCACGAUCGGCAGCACGACGUCCAAGUUCAACACCUACCGCUCCACCGGCACGUCCUCGCUCCUGGACCGGCCCACCGGCUUCUACACGUCGUCCACGAGCACGGGCUUGCGCUCCAACUACAUCUCCUCGGAGUACAGGCGGUCCUAUUGCGCGCCAGGAAGCUUCUACUCGUCGGCCUCCACCGGCACGAGCGUCCGCAGGAACUACUCGUCGGAGUACAGUCGAUCCAACUGCUCACCCGCAAGGUCAGUCUCGUCGUCGUCGUACGGCGAAACGGGCGGCAGCAGCGGCGCCGCAUUAGCGACAACGAUCGUUAACGGCACCAGCGGCAGCGGUAGUGGCAGAUACAUCUCGUCCACGAGCGCCUCGGUCAGCUCGUCCGCGUCCUCGAGGGAACGCAGCAGCGUCGACGCGUCCGCCGCGGCCGCCGACAUCAUCAGCAGGUACUCGCCAGCCGGCUACGUACCCAGUAUUCAACGUCAACAACAAGCGAGCGGUGGCAGCGCGCAUCACUGGAGGCACCGCUCGACGUCGUCGUCCCUGAACGAGUUGUUUGGCGGUGACGAGCGCGAGGUCGAGCGUAGGGAUCUCCGCCUGGAGUCCUCGCUCUCCUCGUCGUCCUCCUCCUCGUCCGUGGCUACUGGUAGCGCGGCCGGUCUAUGGUCCAAGUCCGGCAAGAGAAGACCGCCUACGAACAGCACGGUGCUCACCACCGUCGGACAUGCACGCACGGACAGCGCCGUGUCUCUCGCCGAGGUAACGACCACCGUCGACGAUCACGUUACUCACAAACCGACCGACGACGACGACGAGAACGACGGUACCAAGGACGACGACGAUCAGCAUAACAACAACGGCAACAUCGGCGACAGGGGGCGCGACGGCAACGACGAGGAUAUCGCGUGCGGAUACGGCGUUAACAACAACGACAACGAGCGCGACGACGACAACGACGAGGACGAAGACGACGACGAGGACGAGGACGACGACGACGCGAACGGCGACGAUAAUCUCAACAAUUGCCACCACCGCUUCCACCAGCAGCGUCGCCACCGACCAGACGAGGUCUCAUCCGCUAAGCGUAACGUUCUCUCACCCCCUGCCGCUGGUGGUGGUGGUUUGAUCGGUGUCAAUAGCCUUGACCUGUUAACUAACCUCGCUACUAAUUCUCAUAACGCCGAGCUGCUGAUCAAUAACAACGCUCGGGACAAGCUGACAGGAGGGAAGGACGAAGCCGAGAAUGCCGAGAUCACGACAAGCGACGAGGUAACGCGCGGCGCCGAGAAUGUCACGCCGAUCGUCACAUUUCUGCAACGCGAUCGCGUCAGCGAUCGGGACAUUCCCGAAGAUGGCGGGGAAGAGAACAGCGUGUGCAGUAGCACGGAGAACGGCUUUGGCGGAACGAUUGACAACAUAGCCGGUAGACCGUCCGCCACGCACGGUGACGACCCGUCCAUCCCCUCGACGUCGAGGAGAACGGAUCAGCCCGGUCUUUUCUCGGGUACCGCGAGCAACAAUCUGACAUCGUCACCGACGAAUCCAUCCACGGCGCAUCCGAGUAUCUAUCGUGGGGUCAACGAGCAAUAUGAGGGAAGCCCGACUAACAGGUCGGCGCGUAGUCGUCUGCAAGCUCUUCGCGACGAACGAUGUGGUCUAAACGGCUUACGGAAUAUCGGAAAUACAUGUUUCAUGAACAGCGUGAUCCAGUGCUUGAGCAACACGAGACCUCUAUUAGAGUAUCUGCUAAACGAACAACACUUGGCCGACAUAAAUACCACGACAUCCGGUAUGAAAGGCGCCUUGAUCAAAGCGUUCAGCCAAGUGAUUCACGAAUUGUGGGAGGUGGGCGGUGAUCACGUGGUAAACACGACCGCGCUCAAGUCACAGAUACAGAGAUUUGCGCCACGUUUCAUGGGCUAUAGUCAACAGGACGCUCAAGAGUUUCUCAGAUAUUUGCUGGAGGGCUUGCACGAGGACGUCAACAGAGUCACCACGAAGCUACCACCCAUACACGGCGACAUACCUGAUAGUUACACGGAUAUGCAGAAGGCGGUGGAGAGUUGGAAACGGUAUAUUCGCAGCGAGGAUAGCACGAUAGUCGACGUUUUCGUUGGGCAAUUACGUUCAUCUUUACGUUGCACCUCCUGCGAUCACGUAUCGGUCACCCUCGAUCCGUUCUGGGACCUAAGCUUGCCGAUACCAGCCAGAAGCGGCACGGUAAAGCUUAGCCAGUGCUUGGAGCACUUUACUCGAGAGGAGGUGUUGGACGGCGACGAGAAGCCCACAUGUUCUAAAUGUCAGAUGAGAAGAAAGUGCACCAAGAGCUUCAGCAUACAGAAAUUCCCGAAAAUUUUGGUUAUUCAUUUGAAACGUUUCUCUCCGAUGGAGCGCUUUCGCGGCAAGCUGAACGUGAUGGUGGACUUUCCAUUGACGGGUUUGGAUCUCAGUGCCUUUGCCGCCCCGAGAGUUCCGGGCUGCACGUACAAUCUGUACGGGGUCGCGAAUCACUCGGGCACCACGUACUCCGGUCACUACACCGCGUACUGCAAGCACCCGUACUCGGGGGAAUGGCAUGAGUAUAACGACAGCCGAGUGUCCGUCGUGUCAGCACGAUCGGUCGUUUCCAGUGAAGCCUACGUACUGUUUUACGAACAACAGCCUCACAGUUCUCACUUGUAACCUUACGCCAUACCUUAGAGAGUAAACCAACCAUCUUGCCUCUCUCGUUACCUCAGCUCAGCCUAGUAAAAACUUCUGUCUUCUGACGUAUUGAAAAGCGACUAAACACUGAAAGAGAAACGGGAGGGGGACCGUUUCGCGCGGCCCUUCUCCCUAAGACAAGUCCAACCGUGACCUCAUUGGCGAUAAUCGUGUCUCUUCCCGCAAUACGUUUCUCGACGUAGCGUCGCAUACGCGCAAUGUCCUUUCGUAAAGAGAUUACGCAUACGUAAAUCGAUAUAAUUGAUGAUUCAACACAAUUGACAAUGUACACGUGCUUUCGACGUGGAAAAUUUAUUUCCGCGAAUCAUGUUUGACCUAUAUGAAAUUUAUUUUUUUACGUAAUGUUUUGCGAGACCUAAUUUAUACGUUUACGAUCAUGUUUGAAAUGAGAGAAGACGAUAUUUUGUAUUCGUUCGUUACUUCAGCCGCAUGGGGAAUGUUUCUAUCUAGAAGAGAAUACGAAAGGUACGAGGUCGUCGAGGUCGCCAAAGAUCACACACAUACACCACACACACACGCGCAACGCUUCAGAUGUCUAGUUACUUUUGAAUAGACAAGUAGUGACACAUCUCUCUGUCUCUUUUUCUCACUCUUCAUCGAACACGUGGCGACAUACAAGCUAUUUACUUUUGUAAAAUAUUUUGUUUAAUAUAUAUAACCACAGUCAAGAGUUA